AUGGCAAACAAGAGCUCUGCAGUGGCGGACGAGCCGGUCGAGGUUCUGUUCGCCCUGCAACCUAACUUCGACCUUCUCGAUAUGGCAGGCCCAAUGGAGGCUCUGACCAACGCUCUCCACGACAAGAACGACAAGACCUCCAAGGCCUUCGAAUGUACCAUCGCCGCAGCUGAGCCCAAGGUCGUCUCCGACUCUGGCGUCACCAUUGGCACCCAGAUCUCCUUCAAGGAGGCCUAUGAGCGUCUCAGCGACUUUGACGUUCUCGUCAUCGUCGGCGGCGACAGCGACAAGAUAAUCAAGGCCAACGCCGAGCCCCUCCCCCUCAUUACCGCCUUCGCCGAGCUGCAGAAGAAUGACCCCGCCCACGAGCGUACCCUUCUCUCCGUCUGCACCGGUUCGCUCUUCCUUGCCAAGCAGGGCGUCCUCGCCGGCCUUUCUGCCACCACCCACCAAGACUACAUCACUACCUUCGAGAUUCUAUGCAGUGAGGCUGCUACCCGCAACCUGACCGAGAGAACCGACGUAAUGGAGGAUGCUCGUUACGUCGUUAACAACCUCCGAUUCGACCUCGGCGACGAGGACGAGAACCCGUAUGUCCGUCGCACAUCCGACGCCGGCCGCCGACCCUCCAACGCCAGAAAGGGCAGCAUGUCCUUCAAGAGCUCAGGCCGCCGCGAGUCCAUCACUCGCCGCGCCGCUAUGCGCCUCGGUGGCCUCCGCGUCAUCACCGCCGCCGGUGUGAGCUCCGGUGUGGAUGCGGCGCUGUAUCUCAUCAGCGCCCUGGUCUCCGAGGAGUCGGCCGAGGAGACCGCCCGCUAUAUGCACUGGACCUGGAACAAGGGCAUUGUCGUCGAUGGACUCGACGUCUAA